AUGGCGGGACUGGGAGCGCUCAGCGUCUUGGUGACCGGAGCCAACUGCGGGAUCGGCCUGGAGCUGGUUCGCCAGCUCCUGGGCAGCUCCGACCUGCCGCAGUGGCUCUUCGCCUGCUGCCAGGAUCCGGACGGGGAGCAUGGGCAGAAACUGAGGAAACUGGCUUCCAGCCACCCAAACCUGACGAUAGUGAAGUUGGACACUUGUGACCCCUCCAGCAUCAAAGCUGCUGUAGCCAGAGCCACCGAGCAGUUGAACAGAUCCAGACUGAAUCUUCUAAUAAACAAUGCUGGGAUUGUAAGGCAACACACUUUGGAAUCUGAAACGUCAGAGCGCAUGUCUGAGGUGUACAAGACUAAUGUGAUUGGGCCCAUGAUGGUGACUCAGGCAUUCUUGCCGUUGCUGAGGAAGGCGUCUGAGGACGGCUCACAGAAAGGGAUGAGCUGCAGCAAAGCUGCCAUUGUGAAUAUCUCCAGUUUAUGCGGCUCCAUCACAGAUAUCCUUGCAUGGGAAUUAGGACUUAACAUCAACUAUCGCUGCAGCAAGUUCCCAGGUGGUCACCAAUCCAGGCAAUGA